GAAAUCCGUGUUUUCUUGGUAACUCAACAUGAGGAUCGGACUUUGUGCAUACAGUGGAUAUAAAAUAUAUCCAGGCCAUGGUAAAACCAUGGUUAAAGUAGAUGGAAAAACAUUCACUUUUUUAAACUCAAAAUGUGAAUCUGCACAUUUAAUGAAACGUAAUCCAAGGAAAGUCACAUGGACUGUACUAUACAGACGGAAGCAUAAAAAAGGACAAGAUGAGGAACAAACAAAGAAGAGGACAAGACGUACUCAAAAAUUCCAACGUGCUAUUGUAGGUGCAUCACUUACAGAUAUUUUGGCAAAACGUAAUAUGAAACCAGAAAUUCGGAGAGCACAAAGGGAACAAGCAAUUAUAGCUGCAAAGGAACAGAAAAGAGCUGCAAAAGCAACAAAGAAAGCAGUUGUAGCUCCUAAGACAAAGACUUUGCCAAAACAUAAAGCUGCAAAAGUAACACAAAAGUCAGCUCCACGUGUAGGAGGAAAGCGUUAA